UGCGGCUUACCGAUAAUCAUGUUCCGGUAAAUAUUUUCUAGAGAAUGAAGGUGGUAGUAGUUGGUGAAAUCAUUUAUCGCAAAUGUGAUGAAUUCACGUGAAAUGGCCGGUGUUAAAGUCGUAAGAUUUACAGACAAUUAUAUGAACCGGCAUGCAACCCUCCACGACGCAGUCCGUAACGGUGACAUUCUUGCAGUCCGUGAUUUUUUGAAAAACGGACGUGACGUCAACGAGACAGACAGCAGCGGAAACACGCCUCUAUUGUUGGCAGUGUGUAUAAAGCAAGAGGAAAUUUACGACGCCAUUGUUGCCGCUUUAAUUGAAAAUGGGGCAGAUGUCAAUGCCUAUAACAAGGGUUUUACGCCCCUUUACAAUGCAGUAUUUUAUAAGAGAGAGAAGUCUGUGGAAAUGUUACUCAAGGCUGGUGCCUGGCUUCGACCUUCCUAUAAAAAUGAGCUUCAUCUUCUGGGAGAAUCAGGCGGCACUAAGACCCUUGAGCUAAUUCUCAAUGAUAAACGUUGCACUCCAGAAAUUAUUAACAGACCUGACGAUAAGGGCAGGACGGCUCUUCAUCUUGCCGCCCAGUCAAGCCACAAAAACUGCCUAAGGAUGCUUAUAGAGCAAGGAGGAGACUUGGCGGCCACCGACGAGGACAACGAUAGCGUGGCCGACAUUAUUUUCCAGCAGAUCAUUAAUCCUGAAAUUUUUAUUACAGAAAUACUUGACGAUAAGAUAUGUAUGAAACAAUUGGAACAGUUUAAGUUUAGUUACAAUAUAGAUUUCAGUGUUCUGGCUCCAAAAAAGUGCGGAAGACAAAUGGAAGUAAUCUCCAACAUGCUUGUAGCAGCCUCAGAGGAAGAAAAAAUAGAAGUUUUACAACAUCCGCUUAUUGAACUAUACCUCAUGCUUAAAUGGGCUAGAAUAUGCUAUUUUUUCUACUUGUGGAUCUCCGUCUAUUUUAUCUUUGCAACAAGUAUGGGGUUGUACAUUAUGCUAAUGAUACAUCGAGUAAAGAACAUUGAAGGAUUUAAAACAGCUCUAAAGGUUAUCGUAAUUUUUACGGCUACUGGACUACUUUGUCACGCAAUUUUACAGUGCAUCCUCGACCGGCGAAAAUAUUUCCAGCGCUACGAAAUGUGGAUGAAUUUAAUUUGUACCUGUCUCUCAUUAACAGUAGCCAUAACACUGGACGACUAUUCCGGAAAUGCAGGAAAAACCGAUACUCCCAACUGGGUGCUGCACAUCACGAGCAUUUCAAUUCUGAUGGCGUGGAUCGAACUAAUGCUUCUAAUUGGGCGUCUGCCAAGUCUCGGAUACUAUGCACUUAUGUUCUCUGCUGUCUUGCAGAAUGUCGUUAAGGUAUUACUCGCCUAUGUCUGUCUUCUUGUUGGGUUUACCUUAAGCUUUUCAGUUCAAUUUCACAACUUUCCACAAUUCAGCGAUCCCUGGAGAGCUCUAGUUAAAACCACUGUAAUGAUGAUGGGUGAAUUCGAGUAUGGAGACAUGUUUGCAGAAGACGAAGAUUCACCGAAAAUUUUACCAGCAACUUCUAGAUUUAUCUUUCUCAUUUUUGUUAUAUUAACAAGUAUUGUUUUGAUGAACCUGAUGGUUGGUGUUGCGGUGAGCGACAUACAGGAGCUCCACCGGCGAGGACGGGCGAAAAAAUUGGAAAAGCAAGCUGAGUUUUUACACCAACUGGAAAAAGUAAUCUCUUCCAAACACCUCAAUUCCGAAUAUAUGCCAGAAAUAAUAAAGAGAGUUAUUUUGAAAAGAAGUUACAUCCAUAACGAAUUCGAAGUUAAAUCGUGCGCUGAAUUCCAAAGACAGAAUAAGAUUCCUAAAAGGAUAAUAGAUUCAAUUACUGCUAUAGCAAAGAGCCACAAGCAGUUCAAAGAAGAAAAUUAAUUAUGAAGUUAGUUGAAGAAUUUCUGUGGAUGCGAAGCGUUAAGCGAACCAUUAAUUCUGACUAGUUCGUAUCAUUAGAAAAGGAGAGACGCAGAAAAUGAAAGCAUAAAUAAUAUUUCUUUCCAGUGUCCUUAAGUCAUUAGGAAGUUUCCGAACUUUUUGUAAUGUAAAUGUACUUCCAAAUGUUGUUCUUGUAUAAAUCUUUUCGCUGGAUGGUUCUUUACAGUAUAAUGUUUAUAAUGUUAAAGUUUAGUAUUUAAUAAAGAAAGUUUGCAUUU